GUAUCGAUUCGUGGACCUCCUCGUUAAUCGAUUCUCUGUGACUAUCGAUCGAAAUUCAUCCAGCCAGGAGAAACAAUAAAUACAUUUAUUUCUGAAACGGUGUGCGCGCUAUGUGUAUAUAUAUUGGCGGUCGGGAGUGAAAAGUAUCGAACGAAAACGAACGAGCUAUCAACGGGUCCUUUGACUUAUUGGAAUUUGGUAUCCGAGGCGGGAAUAUUAACGUCGAAUCGAGCGUUGAAAUGUGUUUAGAUUGGAAUUCUCGAGAUUCGUCGAAUAUCUAGGAAAAUAUUGAUAUUGCCAUCCGAAACUCGAACUUCAUCGAUCCCCAGAUCUCGUUUGGGAAUUCGAUUCUUAUUCUUGUUACCUGUCAGUUUCCUAAGGGUUUCAAGAGCCUUCCUAAGGCUUUCAAGAGCCUUCCUAAGGCUUUCAAGAGUCAAGUGAUUCCGCGAAAAUAAUCAGUGCAUUUUUACAUAGAAGAAUCGAAGAUUUCGCAAUUGAGAUAUGAGUUUUCGAUUUGAUUAGAUAAGAAAUGCAAUAUAAAUUGGAAUUCAAUCAGAAAACUACGAACAGCGAAAGUAAGUACAUUUCACUUUGUUCACUCGAAACUAUAAUCGUAAACUAAAAUCGUUCAGUUUUAACAUUUGGAUCCAGCUGGAAAUAGAUCCAGUCAAAGAGUAAAUAUUCAGAAGCGAACUGAAUUCGAACCAGUGAUUAAUCAAGAAUCAACCAAGAAUUCUUAUUAAUCUAUCAAGAAAGGUUUCAUCUCAUCAUCGAUUCCGGUAAGCGAAUCUCCAUCAACACUGAGAUCGAACCAUUAAUAAAAGUAGAAUAAUGAGUGACCAAGAGGACACGGAACAAACUGUCUCAGAUAAUGAAUCAUCGGACAAUGAGUUUACAAAUUUCACCGUAAUGAAUCUGGUAAGAAAUUUUAUAGAAGACGCACGCGCAUAUAACAACAGAAGAAUGGAUGUUCCUUCGUUAACAUCGAUCGUCGGUCUCCCUUCGCACGUACAGCAACAGCACCCGGUAAUUUUCUCUCAAGAAAACUUGUCGAUUUUUGCGCUUCUGGAAUCAUCGACGAAAUUCUCGUCGGGCGUCGUGAUAUCUUAUCUAUUCACAUUGAAAGAUUCGAAGGAACUCUCGUCGGACGCCGUGAAAAAAUUAACAAAAAUGUUAAACGACAUGACAACGUUGGACGAAUGGCAAACGGAAGCAUUGAAAUUAGCUGAGGAUCCAUUGUUUUCCAGGAAAGAUUUCUCCAAGUUGUUAAAUAACCAGGCUGAUUAUUUGAAGAGUUUUUCUUCAAAUAAAGAGAAAAAGAACGUGCCAUUAUUCGAUUCACUGAUCAAUAAGGCGCUUCUAUUCUCUUUAAUGACAUAUUCGUGCGUGACUAAACGAAUCAUAGAGUCCUAUAUAAAAUUUAUCACCGAUCCGAUAGGAUUGGUGCAACCGGUAAUUAUCCGGGCAAAGCUGUUUUAUCGAGAUGUGCGGGAUGAUCCGAUUCCUCCCAAAAAGUAUUCCAAUUGGAUACAGUUUAAAUCAGAUUUAACGAAGUUGACAAUUUUCAAAUUUCCUUACGUGAAAAUGAGUGUUAAGAAAAAUAUGGAAUUGCACGGCUUUUUCCAGGUCUCCUCGAAAACUUACGGAGUGUGUAUUUAUUUGCGCUCUAAAGAAGCAAAUAAAUGGAAGAUACGGCUAUUCCGCGCUGAAUUCAAAAUGAUUUCGAACGAGUGCCAGUCUUCAGUUACGUUUUCGAAUAAACUUAUGGCCGCACAGUUUCUAUCCAAAUUGAUGUUAAGAUGCAAAAUUGAGACAAAUGUGGAGCCUUGCAAUUGCUAUUAUUGGUCGAAUCACACCGAUGUGCUUGCGCAGAUAAAAAGCUCGUCCAACCAAGAAGAAGUUAAGAAGAUACAAAAUAUAUCCUAUCCUCAGGCAUGGCAUGAAGUAAAUUCGGACGACAAUCCGGCCAAUCUUGUAUUGGACGGCUCGAGUUCCAAAUCUCUAGAGAAUAAUUCUCAGUGGUGGUCAGGACCUUCUUGGUUGAAUGAUGAGUUGCCUGUUUCAGAUGAAGAGUCAGCAACAGACAGCAACGAAGAAUAGUUGAAUAGACUUUAAAAAUCUGCUUCACAGUUGCCACAUGCCUCUCAACCAAGACCUUUUUAUUAAUUGGUUGCGAUUUUAGAUUCAGAGGAAUAUUUUGCAGGGGAAUAUUUUCAGAUAAUGGAACAAAUUUCGUAGGCGACAUUCGAAGAGCUAUGCACUCUGUUGAAAUAGAAUCUUUCCGACCUAUCCACAACCUAAAUCCUUUGACUCCGGCGAUCCUUUGAUUUCCUGAUCGGCGAUGCAUUGACAACAAGAGAUCAAAUUCGCCUCGAUCGAUAAUCAGCUAAUUCAGCAAAUGUUCCAGAAUUUUUGGCCGGAGUGAAGAAUAUUCACAACAGAGAAACAAAUGGAACAAGUUGAAGAAUCAUCAUCGGAUGACAUGGAAAUUUGAAUCAACGAUUUCAAAGUGUUGAGGACGAAGCUGUGAAUUUAAUCUGUAAAAAAAUUAAAUUCGAAUUAAAUGAAUUUUCCUGUAAAAUAAAUACUUUCAUGAAACGUAAA